CUUGGACUAUGUUCUUCCUUCAGGUAAUUCAAAGGUCCAUGGUGCCAGCCAGCCUAAGCCUGCUUACCUUCAAAGUCUAUGCAGCAGCACCAACACCAAAAAAGGAUUUGCUUCACAAAAAUUCCAUGAAGAUCGAUGAGCUUUCACUCUACUCAACUCCUGAGACUCACUUUAAGUAUGUGGAGAAACCAAGAACCCAACUUGAAGAAAACAUCUCAGAGCUUCGACAGCAGUUUGAACCAUAUACAAGUUGGUGUCAGGAUAGAUACUGUGAAACUAAGCCCAAGGUGCUGCGUAUGAUUCAAUGGGGGUUAGAUAGCUAUAAUUUUCUCCAAAACGCACCUCCUGGAUUUUUUCCAAGACUUGGUGUUAUUGGUUUUGCCGGAUUUGUUGGAUUUCUCUUUACUAGAGGCUCAAAAAUAAAGAAGAUAGUAUAUCCACCUACUUUCAUGGGAUUCGCUGCCUCUGUCUAUUACCCACAACAAGCAAUUGCGUUUGCCCAGGUCACUGGGGAAAAGCUGUAUGACUGGGGUUUACGAGGAUACAUAGUUGCAGAAGAUUUGUGGAAGGAACACUUUCAUAAGCUGGGGCAGGAGCCAUGCCAGGAAAUGUGAAGAAUUCACCUGGAAAUAAGUAGAAAACUCCAUAUUCUGCUCAUUUAUCAGGUAUAGGUAAACAUUGGAAACUCCAGACAGCAAAUCAGUAUUUCUACAGAAAAGUGGCAGAGAAGUCAGUAUUGAAUGUAGUAAACUGGCUUUCUUCUUCAGGAAAAUCUAUACCAGGCCUUCUUUGUUAUCUUGGUUGAUGCCAUACAAGUGGGCUAAUCUGAAUCUUUUCACUUAGAGACAAUAAUGUACAAGCCUUAGAACUCCUUGUUCUCAAGUUGCUAUUUAUGUACAUAAUUAAAACCUAAAUUUAAAAA